UCCUCCAUAACGAAACUCGAGUGAAAGAAUUCAUGGUAGAUUUUGAAGCCGGGAUGUGGCAGGGCCUCCGGGAAGUUUUCGUCGACCCAACAAUUAAAGGAUGUGCCUUUCACUGGAACCAGGCCGUAUGGCGGCACGUGCAAAGCCUCGGUCUCCAGAGCGCCUACAGUCAACGCGACACUGUAUUCACCUUUGUUCGCAAGGUCAUGUCUAUACCGUUCCUGCCAGCGGAACAUGUGGAACCAGCGAUUAUGAGACUGAAAGAAAAAACAACAGACGAACGCCUGGCCGACCUGCUAGAGUAUGUGGACAGGACAUGGCUUAAAUCUUCGGUGUGGGGACCUGAAAAUUGGAGCGUGUUUGGUCGGAGUGUCCGAACAAAUAAUGACUGUGAAGGGUGGCACUUGAAACUAAAUCAGCACGCCAAGAAAGCCAAUUUGCCUUUCUACCUACUACUGACCCUUCUUUGUGAAGAGGCUUCCCUUCUCCCAACACAGGUGAAGAUGGUAUCAGAAGGAAAGCUAUCCAGGCGACAACGAAGAAGAACACGUCUCUCCAGGGAAAAAUCUUCAAGCUGUGGGAAGCGUACGAGAGCGGAGAAUUGUCAGUCAACGGCCUACUGAGGAAAUGCAGUGGCAUUUAUGGACCAAAUGCAUGAACGUUGCUCAUUUGAUGUCUUUCUGAUUGUUGGAAAUGUUUCAACCCUUGUUUUUGAAAAGCUUGUUUGUGUGUGAAAGUUACUGUGUGUUUGUAAUGUUUUACCAUUAUUAUAUUUUUUAAAUGUUUGAUAAUAUUCAUCAUUUACGGACCAAAUGCCUGCCUGAAAGUUGCUAGAUUGAAUUGAAAUAAAUUAUUGCUCAUUUGUUGUUUUUUUUUCUUCUGAUUGUUAGAAAUGUUUCAACCAUUGUGUUUAAAAGCUUGUUUCUGUGUGAAAGUUUGUGUUUAAUUAUUACGGAUGUUUGAAAUGUUUGAUAUUAUUCAUCAAGGCUCAUUACAAACU